CAGCUGCCGUACUCAGCAGCACGGCCUGCCCCCGGCUCAUCUGAGGAAGAGGAGGAUUCAGGAAGUUGUUUAAAAAGCUGCUGAAACAUUUGAGAUGAAGAUAUUGUAAAAAGAAUCGAGCUUUAAAACAAAUGCAGGGAGUUUUGUGGUCGUGGUGAGUUCACGGCCCCGCGCUGUGCACAGGAUCAUGUCCGCGGUGCGUUCAGGCUCCGCUCUGCUGAGCCUCCUCCUUGUUGUGACAGCUCAUGUGACCGGAGUUCAUGCGGGGACACCGAGGCAGAGGACGAGCCUGGCCGAGCACCAGCUCCCGGACCCCAGAGACAACACGGUGUCGCUGGGGUCCAGGAAACCCUCCGGUCCGCGGGUCUCCGCCGGGCCCGAGCCGGGAGACCUCGCCGCCGCGUUCAGGGUCCCGACUCUGGCCGGAGAGUUUUCCUACCAGCCCGGAGCGGUGCGGGGGAGCCUGGUGAUCCACGCCUUCACCAACCAGUCCGGGUUCCUGGAGAGUCUGUGGAGCUCCGAGUCCUCCCUGCUCAGCCUGGUGAGGGAGCUGCCGGCCCGGGCCCAGGUCCUGUUCCUGUCCCUGGACGAGUCCUCCGUGUCCGAUGCUCUGUGGAUGAGGGACCAGCUGCAGCGGGCCGCCGGCCACAGUCACAAGGAGGUUCUGUCCAGACUUCACUUUUCUCCGGUGCCGGUCUUCGCUCUGGGAAACUGGAUCCCUAAGGUGCUGUACUACUGGGGCUGCAUGGGACACAACUGUGGCCUCUCCCAGGCCGUGUUCACCUCCGAGGGGUGGAACAUGCCAGUAAUCAUCAAGCGACUGGAUGCCAGGUACGACUGGCUCCCGGCCCGUUGGGGUCAGGGGUCGUAUCUGCUGAAGGAUGCAGGAAACGGAUGUGAACCCUCCUCGUCUGUGGCCGGUGCUGUGGCCUGGGUGUCCGAGGGCCACUGCUCCUUCUACACUAAGGUUCAGUCCAUGGCCAAAUCCAACGCCUCCGGUGUGCUGGUCUACGCCCUCCCUGGAAACCCGAUCCAGGACAUGAACUGUGUUGAGGAUGAAUGUUAUUCGCCUCUGAACAUCCCAGCUGCCAUGGUGCACCUGGAGCCGUCGGUGGCUCAGGCGCUCCGGUUUGGACAGAAGGUCAGUGUGUCCUUCCAGACGACCCCAUCUCCUAACUUCUUCAUCGGUAUUGACCAACAGGGGGCGCUGGCUGAGAUGGGCUGGUUUCUUUACCCCACGUUCAGCUUCAUCAACUGGCAGGCGCAGUGGUUUGACUUCUCUUCAGAUCUUCAGGACAAACUUCAAACUCCGGCCAAGGUCGUUUUUGUCUUCGACAAAGUCCAGAUGCAGGGAGACAAAGGAGCGGUGGCUGCAGUCGAGCUGCCGUUAGGCUCGUUGGACUUCGACAAACUGGAGCUGGAUGCGUCUCUGUCGUGUCCCGGCAGGAGGGACUCGUCCUGCGCUCAGUGGGAUCACACGGUGCAGCUGUUCGUCUGCUGCGAUCACCUCGGUCCGUACUGCAACAUGGAGCUGAGCCGAUGGAUCACUGCCUUCCGCAGAGGAAUCGGUCGCUGGCUCACAGACGUGUCUCCCCUCAUCCCACUGCUGGACAGCAACAGAUGCACCUUCACCAUGAAGACGGUGCCGUGGGCGAUGCCUUGGAUUGUUUCCCUCAACCUGAGAUUCAGCGUCAGCAAUCACACAGGUAACCACACGGAGAAGCUCCGCCCCUUCAGAGUGAUGUCACUGUACGGCGGCGGGACCUUUGACAAAAACUACAACAAGCAAUUCCAGCCAAUCAAAUUCCCCGUCCCCCCCUCAGCCAUGAAGGUGGAGCUCUUCGCCGUCAUCACGGGUCACGGCAGCGACGAGAACGGCUGCGGGGAAUUCUGUGUCACCUCCCACCACUUCUUAAUAAACGCCGCGUUCAACAACACUCGCAUAUUCGACUCUGCAGGCUCAGCUCUGGGCUGUGCCAUGCGAGUGAAAGAGGGGGCGGUGCCGAACGAACACGGGACGUGGCUGUACGGGCGAGGAGGCUGGUGUGACGGGCUCCAGGUCAGCCCCUGGAGGAUGGACAUCACCAAACAGUUGGACCUGAGCGGAUCUGAAUCCAACACAGUCGUCUACUUCGGGCUGUUCAAGGGGCAGGAUCCUAAUCCCGCUCAGAAACCCGGAUACAUCGUCAUGUCGUCUUUUCUCGUCUUCUACAAAUGACGCCCGCUUCUUACAUGUUGUUCUGCCAUAACCAAUGUGAUACUGAAUGUCCAAGAUUAAAUUUCUAUUUUCCUACCGCA